AUACGCGUUGGUAACGUUUUGGUCGUCUAACUGGUGUUUAAUAAAAUGAGCGCUGUUUUCUACUUUAUACCUUUUUUAAUUCAAAUAUGUUACGGAGCAUUGUUGCCAGUUCCCAAAUGCAAGAUAUCAGAUACAAAAUGUCUGACAGCUUCUGCCCAGAUGGCAAUUCCUCUUUUUGCUCCCGGUAUUCCAGAAAUCGGUGCACCACCUAUAGAUGAGAUGCAAAUAAAAUAUGUCAAGGUUGCUUUAGCAGGGUUAAACUUGGAUGUUAAGGAUGCAACUUUAAAAGGUUUGAAGGAUGCAAAGAUUUACAAGGUUAGAGUUGACAUGGAAAAGAAAGAAAUAAAGUAUGUUUUUAUAUCUGAUCCAUGGUUGGAAGGAAAAUACACGGCCUCGGGACAACUUCUCGUAUUGCCUAUAAGUGGAGAUGGAGACGUUUCAAUAAAAAUUAAGAACGGAGAAAUUGAUGUCACUCAUACAUUCGAUGUCGUCAAAAACGCAGACGGAAAAGAUGUGAUCAAACUAAAGGGUUUCAGUUUCAAAUAUGAUAUAAAAGAUGGUGCUAACUAUUACCUCGGCAAUCUCUUUAACGGGAAUAAAGAAUUGAGUAAUGCGUUACUUAAAUUCAUGAAUGAAAAUUGGAAACUACUAUCAGAAGAAUUUGGAGAACCUGUACUUCGGGCUUGUAUAAAAAUAAUACAUACUGCUAUCAAGAAGUACUUGUAUGCACACCCAUUAGAAGAGCUUGUCGAAUUAUAAGUUCUGAAAAUGAAUGCAUUUAAAGUAAAUUGACAUAUGACUUCUGGGACACUCUGUGAACAAUGUAAAGGAGCUUUAGCUUUUAAGAAUAAUAUAUAACGAUUCAUUCUAUCUACGUUAUAAAUAUAUGUUAAUCAUAUUUGGAUUUCUAUUCUCAGACAGAAUACUAUAGGUACCUAUUUCAUCAUUUGUAAGCUUACUAAUUUGUUUUUUUUUUGUUUUCUUUAUAAGAUGAUUUGUAUUGUUUUCGUUUUAAGAUGAGUAGAUAUCAUACUAAUGUAUGAAAACCUUCCAAAAAUAUAAUGAAAAUAGAUUUUUCUGUUCCUGAUACUUUUGUUAUUAUUUUUAAGUAGGAGUUAUGGCAAUGGUGUAAAAGACUUAAGUACUGUUACAUUUGAACUUUUAUAUAAAACAAUUCUAAAUUUUUGUAAAAAUUUUACAACAAAAUAAUUAAAACAACAUAUUUGUAAUUUAAUAUUAUACACAUGAAUAU